AUGUCUUCUCAGAAGACUUUCAGAGUCAAGCGCUUCCUGGCCAAGAAACAAAAGCAAAACCCUCCUGUUCAAUGGAUUCGGAUGGAAACCAGUAACAAAGUCAGGUGCAACUCCGAGAGAAGACACUGGAGGAGAACCAAGCUGAGUCUGUUUUUGGUUUUGUUUUCCCACAGCUGA